AUGGGAUCCCACGCUAACCAGCACGCGACUGCCUCUCUGAAGGACCCGACAUAUCCAAGCAACUGCUUGGAAUUCAUAAAGCAGUUUAAAGAGCAGGACACGCCAUGCCCCACAGACAGACCCAAAUUAGACAUCAUCGUUGUCGGCGCAGGACUCGGAGGCUUAGCAACUGCAGUUGCGCUCGUAACCCAUGGCCACAGAGUCACAAUCCACGAGCAAACGCCUGAGCUUGGCGAGGUCGGUGCAGGAAUCCAGAUUCCACCCAACUCGACCAGGCUUCUCCUCAAGCUAGGGCUCGGGCCCUACUUGAAACCCUACGUGACAGAGCCAGAUUCAAUCUCAUUUCGCCGCUGGAGCAACGGAAAGGUUAUUGGGUACACAAAGCUGGCUCCAAAUUUUUGCGAGCUGUUCAGUGCUCCGUAUCAUGUCAUCCAUCGGGCAGACUUCCACUCCGCCUUGUACCGAAGGGCGCUCGAUCUGGGGAUCGACGUAGUUCUAGGAUCUAAAGUAGUGGAUUAUGACGCGCAAAGUCCAUCGAUAACCCUAGAGAAUGGAUCAUUGCUCAAAGCAGAUCUGAUCGUUGCGGCAGAUGGGAUCAAGUCCAUCGCAAGAGGGAUCUUGCAUGGAUCCAUCGAGAAACCACUAGAGAGACCAGGAUUUGCCGCCUACAGAGCCACAGUAGAUGUGAAUCUCAUGAAAGACGAUCCUGACACCGCGUGGCUUCUGGAGAAACCAGCCCUAAAUAUCUGGAUCGGAGACAAACGCCACGUCAUGACGUAUACAAUCGGCGCUGGGAAGGCCUUCAACAUGGUAUUGUCGCACCCGGAUGAAAGCGACCCAUCCACAUGGGACCAGUCAACGGCGCUGCGCGAUAUGAGGGCCGAGUUUGGGGAUUGGGAUCCAAGACUGACGAAGAUAAUUGGUUUCAUCGACAAAACCAUCAAAUGGCCGCUCCUCACCGGUGCCCCUAUGCCGCGCUGGGCCAGUGGGAAGACCGUCAUUCUCGGAGACGCCGCCCACGCAAUGCUGCCAUACAUGUCGCAAGGCGCCGCGAUGGCCGUGGAAGACGGCGUCGCACUGGCCCAGGCACUGACGCAUCUAGCGUCGCGUGCAGAUCUUCCUGAAGUACUCUCGAUGUUCGAGACGGUUCGCAUCGAGCGCACGAGCCAGAUGCAGGAGGCUAGUCUUCUGAACGGACAGCUUUGGCAUUUCCCAGACGGCCCGCUACAGCAGGCGCGCGAUACGGCUAUGUUUCCCGAGACUCAGGGCGUCUCGUUUUCGCAUAGCCCGAACCAGUGGAGUGAUCCGGCGACGCAGAUGUGGUGUUAUGGGUAUGAUAGCGAGAGGGAAAUCGACGAGGCUUUUAAGAAACGGAAGUUUGGCAUUAAAGAUGCAUUAUGA